GUCCACCAGCAUCAGGACCGGGGCGAGACGUUCCAGUGCGAACUUUGCCCUUUCACCUCCUCGCGCCACUUCAGCCUCAAGCUCCACAUGCGCUGCCACCAGCACUUCCCCCGCUCUGGGUCCGCCUCCGACGGGGUCAAGGUCAAGGAAGAGGCCACCACGGACACGGAGGGCGAGGGGUCACUCCUGGGCGAUUUCAACCCCGGGGAUCCCCUCCAGUCGGACGCAGGGAACCAGAGCUCCCCUGGAGUCUCCAACCACCACGUCUAUAUUAAAGAAGAGCCCCAGGAGAGGGAGCUGUCGGUGCUGUCGCCCUUCACCCUUUGCAGGGAGCGGGAGCGGCCUGGUAGCAGUGGCAACUCCCUGGACCUCUCUAUGGGGGGAGUCGGCUUGGGGGUGGGGGUGCGGUCCAGUCCUGGUGGAGGUCCAACGGCAGCGUCCCUCUUCAGCCCGGACAUCACCACCAAGACAGCCACCGACCUGCUGAUGAAGCUCUCAGCGGCCAACCAGAAGGAAGCCCUGAAGGCUCCACAGUCCUUCCAUCUGAAGCAGGAACCCCGGGCAGAGGAAGAUGAGGAAGAGGUGCGGAGAAGCCCCCGGAGCCAGCCCAGCUACUCCUCCUUCUACCAGGAGCAGGGCGCGGCGCUGGGGGCCACAGGGCCAGCAGAGGUCACAGCAGACAGUGGGGGCCACAGGGGGACCCUGAAGGGACGCGAGGGAAGCCCCAUGGGGAACAAGAACAGUCUCCUCAGCCAGGACAUCAACUUCAAGGUAGCGUCGGAGCUGCUGAUGAAGCUAUCAGAAAGCAACAAGGACGCGGCCCACUACCAGAAGGUGACGGUGAAGGCGGAGCCUAUGGAGGUGGACCCGGCCAGUGGCCCGGCCCCGCCCCCUACUCACCUGCUGGCCUUCAGCACUUUAGGGGUGUGUGAGAAGAGCGAGCCAAUGACCAGCCUCCCUGAAGCGUUGUCCCGCCCCCAGAAGCAAGACCUCUUCUCCCAGGACAUAUCAGUGAAAAUGGCCUCCGAGCUCCUCUUCCAACUCUCAGAAAAAGUCAGCAAAGCCAACGACCACAAAGACGGCAACAUGGUGGGCAUAAGCAGCCCCUUCCUGGACGAGCGUUUCAGACAAUCCCCCUUCAGCCAGCGCUCCAAGUCCUCCUCCCCCGCAGAGGCCAGCUCCUCUGCUAGGACAGCCCUCCACGGUGAGAGACACACACACACACACAUCAUGGAUAGACUGACAUAUACACACUUACUGUCAGACAGAUAGACAGACAGAUGCAAUUCAGUGGGCAGACUACUAUAGUGAGCCACACACU